GCCACUGAGUUGCUGAUGCGGGAGGAAGAACUGAUCUCCGCCAGCGUCUCUUCCAGCGCUCGUCACAGGUGCUUUGAGUCGAGCCCGGAGUCCCCUCCUCAGGACCUACUCCAGCGCAUCCCGCAUCGCCGCUCCGCAGCGCCGGGGACCUGCAGGCUGACCGCCCCGCCUGCAAGCAGAAGGUGGUUUGUGUACGGGUGUGUCUCUGAAGAUCAUUUUAAUUUGAAAGGAAAGAUGCUGUCAUCCAAUGAUCAAAAGUUAGAAAAGCUGGAUCUCUUUCAUCGACCUUCAUUGUCCAAGCAAAAAACCAGUGUGGAAAUCAUACGGGAAGCACGGAAUGCCUUGAGAGCAGUUAGAACCCAAAGACCAUUUACUCCCCGGGAAGACCAGAGGAAGCUGUUUGGGCCUGCGUCGUCAAGAACCCCGGAAAACAGGCCUUCCUCCUCUUUCAGCCUCCACGCGUCCAGCUUCGAGUUAGGCGAUUCCAGGCCCAUCUCUGGUGCCCGCCUCAGCCCGCUGGAGCUGAAACCCAGAGCUCCAGCAUCUCCCACCACAGAGGAGGCUGCCUCUCCCUCCUUCCCUAAACCUCCGCUGGACCCUGCGAAGAUACGAAGAAUAAGCUGUGCGAGAGCGCGCUUCUACAGGGCGGCCUCCCAGGGAACCCUCCUGCCUGACGGGCCGCUCACCGAUGCCCACUCAAAGACCACGGAGGAAUCCAAAGAGACUGUUACCGUGGGGAAUUCUACAGCGAAAAUAAAUGGGACGUAUUUAAGAGCUUCAAAUGCCAUUGGUCACUUAAAGAGCCACCCACCCCGGCUUAGUUAUGACCAAGGCUUCAGAGAAACCGAAGAGCAAGACGUGUUCAAGGAGUCAUCCCCACCAGCUCCUCUCCAGAGCAGCGGAGGAAAUGAGGCUGCACAAAGGAGUCAUCCUGGAACCAACCUCACCCCUGGCCAUGACACAGAGAGACUGGACAGGGGCCAGGGGAAGGGGCGUGCCAGGGUCUCCUCGAGUCCUAGCAGCUCAGAGCUGAGCAGACUGGAAACCAGAGCAGAUUCCUUUGCAGCCUCAGGAGCCAGCUUACAGGAGCAGGAGACCGAAAUGGAGGUAGACGGGGUCUUUUGGAAAACACGGAUUGUACCGAUUUUGCAUGAAUUAGAAAAGGAAGAAGACGCUGAAGCGAUGUGUGCCGCUUGCACGCAGCUCCAUCACGCGCUGGAGGAAGGGCGCAUGCUCGGAAAGAAGUUUAGGGGCAGAAGUGUCCUGCUGAAGACCCUGUAUAAACUAGUGGAUGUUGGCUCAGAUCUGCUCAGCCUUAAACUUGCAAAGCUUAUCCUAGCACUUAAAGUAAGCAGAAGAAACCUUCUGAAUGUCUGCAAACUGAUAUUCAAAGUCAGCAGGAGCGAGGAGAAUGAUGCUCUGAUACAUACCGAAGACGUCCUGGCAUCAUUAUUGGAGGUGCUGAGAGGCGAAGACCUUCGAGGUAACACGGAAGCCUUUUUAUACUGCAUGGGGGCUCUGAAAUUCAUUUCCGGGAGUCCGGGAUUUCUCUCCGAGAUGAUCAGCAAAGGUGCAGUGGAAAUAUUGAUGGAACUGAUAAGGCAAGUGACUGAGGAUACAAAGAAACACGGUGCAUGCCUGCCCAACUUCGGCAACUUGUUAGUCCAGACAACUGCGACUUUGAGAAACUUGGCCGACUCACCGCUGACGAGAAGCAAGCUCCUGCACACCGGGGCCUUCCCCCUGCUCUGCUCAGUGACGGGGCAGUACAUGGAUGACAAGGACGUCUGUACCAAUGUUGCCAGAAUCUUUAGCAAACUGACCUCUUACCGUGACUGCUGCUUGGCCCUGGCCAGCUAUCCCAGAUGCUACGCCUUGUUUCUGAGUCUCCUGAACAAACACCAGAAGGAACAGGAUUUAGUAAUUCGAAUUGUGUUUAUCCUUGGCAACCUGACAGCAAAAAAUAACCAGGCCCGGGAACUUUUCUCCAGAGAGCAAGGGAGCAUCGAAACUCUGCUCACAUUGUUCCAGAAUUUCUACCAACUCGACCAGCACUCCCCAAGGCUGGGGCUCUCCUCAGGAGCCAGGCCACCAGCAGAGGCCGACGAUGUGCUGGUCAAGCUGACCCGAGUCCUGGCCAACAUAGCCAUUCACCCUCGCAUCGGCCCAGUGCUGGCCGCCAACCCUCGGGUGGUGGGCCUGUUGCUGACCACGCUGGAAUCCAAGUCACUGGUCGACUGCGAGGAGCUGGUGAUCAACGCCACAGCAGCCAUCAACAACCUGUCCUUCUAUCAAGUGAAGAGCUCCAUCCUGCAACACCAGAAGCUGCAUGUUGCUGAAUUGCUCUUAAAGCUCCUUGUGAGUAACAACAUGGAUGGAAUCCUGGAGGCUGUGCGUGUCUUCGGAAACCUCUCUCAGGACAAUGACGUCUGCAAUUUCCUCAUGCAGAAAAACGUACACAAGUUCAUGAUUGCGCUGCUGGGCGCCAAGCACCAGGACGUUUGCUUUUCCGCCUGUGGGGUUCUGCUAAACCUCACCGUGGAUAAAGACAAGCGUGCCAUUCUGAAAGAAGGAGGAGGCGUUAAAAAGUUGCUGGAUUGCUUAAGAGAGUUCGGCCCCAGUGACUGGCAGCUGGCCUGCUUGGUGUGCAAGACCCUGUGGAACUUCAGUGAAAGCGUCACAAACGCAUCGUCCUGCUUUGGAGAUGAAGACACCAACACACUCCUAACCCUCCUGCCAUCGUUCUUAGAUGAAGAGCUAGCGCUGAAUGGUAGCUUCGACCAAGAUCUAAAAAGCUAUCAUAGACUCCACUGGGAAACAGAAUUCAAGCCUGUGGCACAGCAGCUUCUGAAGCGAGUUCAGAGCCAGCACACAUCCCUGGAGCCCCUGCCCAACCCUUCUUUCUAACAUGACACAGGCUAAAGGCAGAACUGGGAAGUCAGGCCCCUCAUUCUUGGGAAGUGGUAAAAGCUUGAAUGUUUCUCAGUAUUAACACAUGGUGAGCAUUUAAAAACAAAUACUGAUUUUAGUGAAUAGCCUAAGUAUUUUGAAAGAAAUUUCUUCUUUUCUAGGUAAUUUGGAAAAACGAAUAUAUAAAUAUUUUCUGCUAUGGGAGCUGUGAGAUGGAAAUAUAUGCAUUUCUAAGA